AAUGGUGCCAGUGCCCUCACCACACACCAGCUACAGGUGGAGAAGAGAGACAGUGAUAGAGCCAAUUCAGUGAAUGGGGAUUAUUAGGAGGCCAUGAUUGACAAGGGCCAGCGGAGGGAAUUUGGUCAGGACACUGGGGUUACACCCCUUACUCUUUACGAGAAGUGCCAUGGGAUUUUUAAUGACCACAGAGACCUCAGUGGACGUGCUGCUGACGAACCUCAUUGUGGGGAAUCUGCUUCCCUCUGCUCUCAUCUGGAUCACCUCCAGACCAGCAGCAGCUGAUCUCGUCCCCUCUGAGUGUGUCCAUCGAGUGACAGAGGUACGAGGCUUCAAUGAGCCACAGAAGGAGGAAUACUUCAGGAAGAGAUUCAGUGAUCAGAGACUGGCCAAUACGAUCAUCUCACACCUGAAGUCAUCAAGGAGCCUCUUCAUCAUGUGCCACCUCCCAGUGUUCUGCUGGAUCUCAGCCGCUGUUCUGGAGAAGAUGUUGAGUCCAGCAGAGAGUGGAGAGAUUCCCAAGACUCUCACUCAAAUGUACACACACUUCCUGAUCCUUCAGACCAACAUCAAACAUGAGAAGGACUAUGAGAAGAACGUGACAGAUGAAGACAUGAUCCUCAAACUGGGGAAACUGGCUUUUCAGCAGCUUGUGAAAGGAAACCUGAUCUUCUAUGAUGAAGACCUGAGAGAGUGUGGCAUUGAUGUGACAGAAGCAUCAGUGUACUCAGGAUUGUGCACUCAGAUCUUCAGAGAGGAGUUUGGCUUGUAUCAGGGGAAAGUCUUCUGCUUUGUUCAUCUGAGCGUUCAGGAACAUCUAGCGGCUCUGUAUGUGCACCUCUCCUGUACAAACCACAACAGAAAUGUGUUUGACCCAAUGACCAAAAAAACGUAUGAAGCCAUGAAAACUCAUCUGGAACAUGAUCUGAGAAGACAGCAUGUUUGUUUUAUGGAAGCUAAAGCUUUUCAACAACUUUUUUUUAGCCUUUCCAUGGAACAUAAGAUAUUUGAGUUGCAUCAGAGAGCUGUGGAUGAGGCUCUACAGAGUAAAAAUGGACAUCUGGACCUUUUCCUGCGGUUUCUUCUGGGUCUGUCAGUGGAGUCUCAUCAGGUUCUUCUACAAGGACUAAUGAAACAGACAAGAAGCAGCUCUGACAGCAAUGAGGAAACAGUUGAGUACAUCAAGAAAAAGAUCAGGACCACUUGCUCUCCAGAGAAAUCCAUCAAUCUGUUCCACUGUCUGAAUGAACUGGGUGAUCAUUCACUAGUGGAGGAAAUACAACAGUAUCUGAGAUCUGGAAGAAUAACUGAAGCCAAACUUUCUUCAUCUCAGUGGUCAGCUGUAGCUUUUGUGCUGUUGACAUCAGAGAAGAAGCUGGAAGAGUUUAAGCUGAAUGAAUUUGUUGGAGCAGAAAAUAAAGCUGAUCACGUUCUUCAGAAGUUGUUGCCUGUGAUUAAGGAAUACAGAACAGCUGAGUUGAGUGAUUGUGGUCUCACAGAUGAAGGUUGUGCUGCUCUGGCUUUAGCUCUGAGAUCAAACCCCUCACACCUGAGAGAACUGGAUCUGUCUCAGAAUAAACUAGGAGAUUCUGGUGUGAUGCGUCUCUCUUCUGGACUCGAGAAUCCUCUCUGUAAACUGGAGAUACUCAGGUUGUGUAAGUGUGGUGUCACAGAUGAAGGUUGUGCUGCUUUGGCUUCAGCUCUGAGAUCAAACCCCUCACAUCUGAGAGAUCUGGAUCUUUCCAGGAAUAAUCUAAAAGAUUUUGGAGUUAAGCUUAUCUGUGCUGAACUCAAGAAUCCUGACUGUAAAUUGGAGAUACUGGGGUUGAGUCGGUGUGGAAUCACAAUUGAAGGUUGUGCUGCUUUGGCUUCAGCUCUGAUAUCAAACCCCUCACAUCUGAGACAACUGGAUCUGACUCGGAAUAGACUAGGAGAUUCAGGAUGUGAACUAUUCACUGCUCUAUUGGAUUCUCCACAUUAUAAACUGGAGACACUGCAUAUUUACAGGUAUCCAAUGACAUUCUCAUCUCUCCCUGGCCCCAAAUUUCCACACCGAUAUCUACACCGACGCCACACACUUACAGAAUAAUAUGCCACUCGGACAGCCUCUCUCACCUCUCUCCACUUUAAUUUCAGUGCAGGCUAUCACAGCUGACGAAGAAGCUGAAGCGGUGAAGAGAAUGAAGCUGGGUAAAGCAACUGGACCAGA